CUCGACUUAACUCACCUUAAAUUUUAUUUAAGAAAAAAAAACCAUAAACUUGGGAGGAGCCUUCAAACCUACUACAAAUCUCUCUCCCAGAGUCCCUUGAGAGAAGCUCCUAACAAACAAAACGAAACCAUACUUUUGAAGUUUCGCAGUCGCAAUCUCCAUAUUUGAAUGCAUAAAUCAAUUCAAUUCUGAAUCUGAAAGUUCCCAUAUGUCAACGGAAGCGCCCAAGCGCGACCAAUGGCAGUGGGAGAACGCCACCGCCGGCGCCGCCGCCGGAUUCGCCACUGUCGCCGUCAUGCAUCCCCUCGAUGUUGUCCGAACUAGGUUCCAAGUUAACGAUGGUCGAGUCUCUCAUCUUCCUAUUUACAAGAACACUGCUCACGCCGUUUUCGCCAUCGCUCGCUCUGAGGGAUUAAGAGGGUUAUAUGCAGGCUUUCUUCCUGGGGUUCUUGGGUCAACUAUUUCAUGGGGUUUAUAUUUCUUCUUCUAUGACAGAGCCAAACAGAGAUAUGCAAGGAACAGGGAGGAGAAGUUGAGCCCAGGUCUGCACCUUGCCUCAGCUGCUGAAGCAGGAGCUUUGGUUUCCUUCUUCACAAAUCCUGUAUGGCUAGUAAAGACAAGAUUGCAGCUUCAAACUCCUCUUCAUCAGACACGACCAUACUCUGGGGUUUAUGAUGCAUUUAGGACCAUAAUGAGGGAAGAAGGAUUUAGUGCACUUUACAGAGGGAUUGUUCCUGGUCUAUUUCUGGUUGCUACUUUUCUCUACGGUGUGGAAUGGGCAAUUUUGACCUCCGAUGGCUAUAUCAAUUAUCAACAGGUCUCUCAUGGUGCUAUUCAGUUCACAGCAUAUGAGGAGCUACGCAAGGUUAUUGUUGAUUUUAAGAGUAAGGGAAGUACAGUGCAUAAUCAAAACCCUGAUAAAUUGCUGAAUUCUGUUGAUUAUGCCGUUCUUGGAGCAACAUCAAAACUGGCUGCAGUACUUCUAACCUAUCCAUUUCAGGUUAUACGGGCUCGAUUGCAGCAAAGACCCAGUGGUGAUGGGGUUCCAAGAUAUAUGGACACGUUGCAUGUUGUGAAAGAAACUGCACGAUUUUGUUCUGUUCUUGCAGAUUUGAAGGUAUCCGAGGUUUUUACAAAGGAAUUACCGCAAACCUCUUGAAGAAUGCUCCCGCUUCUUCAAUAACAUUUAUUGUUUAUGAAAAUGUCCUAAAAUUGCUUAAACCAGCAAGAAGGAAUGACUGAGUAUUUCAUUUUCCUUCAUGAUUCUUUCCUUUCUCCUUGUGUUUAAUCUCCUUUCUUAUUUGAUAUUUUUUGUAGCAUUGAAAAAUUGCUCAUUUUUCCCAUCACUUUUUAAUGAUGGGAUUCUACACAAUCUAACAACGUGGAUGCAGCAAUUUCUGGAGAUAAAAAUCAUGGUUUUUUUUA